AGGGACAUUCACACAACCACAGGGAAAAUCAAGAGAGCUGUAUUACAGUUCACCCCAGCCAGCUGGACCUAUGUUCGCUGGUUUGACCCUAAGUCUUCAUUUCAAAGAGUGGCUGGGAUCUACCUUUUCAUGAUCAUUUGGCAGCUGACUGAGUUGAACACAUUCUUUUUGAAACAUAUCUUUGUGUUCCAAGCAAGCCACCCUUUAAGUUGGGGGAGAAUCCUCUUCAUAGGAAUCAUUACAGCACCCACUGUAAGGCAAUACUAUGCGUACCUUACAGAUACACAGUGCAAGAGGGUGGGAACUCAGUGCUGGGUGUUUGGGGUUAUUGCUUUCCUUGAAGCUAUUGUGUGCAUAAAGUUUGGACAGGACCUUUUUUCCAAAACACAAAUACUGUAUGUUGUGUUUUGGCUUCUCUGUGUGGCCUUUACAACUUUCCUGUGUUUAUAUGGAAUGGUUUGGUAUGCAGAAUACUACGGCCACCGAGAAAAGACCUUAUCAGAAAGUGAAGACAGCCCAUAUAGUCCAGAUGCUUCCUGGCUUCAUUCUAAAUUCAGUAGAGGUGCUGACAAUAGUCCACCAAAACAUUCAGUCAAUAGUGAAAGCCAUUCAUCUAGAAGGAGGAAUCGGCACUCCAAAUCAAAAGUAACAAAUGGGAUCGGCAAGAAAUAAGAAUGGACUCUGGAGAUAUCCUACCGUGUCACCAGAGGUGACAAAGAAAAUCAGACCUGGCUCUGAAUUUCCAAAUGGAAGAUUGAUUUUUCAAUUUAAAAGUUUAAAAAAAGGAAGUGUGGAAGAAAAGGAUGAUCAAAAUGGAGCCACCAGUGUAGUGCAAAUCAUUGCCUGCUGACACUUGCCAUUCACUGAUUUAAAUCUAGUUUCUUCAGCAUGUAGCACCAAAAGCUAAUGAAGAGUAUGCUGGAAAGAAAAGUAAUUUUGUCGUAGCAGGUACACCCUGUUUUGUGU